UGGUUGCCUACUUUCCUAAUGGCCACUAUUGACAGUUCUAUGUACAAACAAAUGGCACCUAUGCACUUUGCAGUGAUAAAUAACUAUCUUCUGUCAUUUAACUAAAAAGGUGAAAUAAUACGUCGUGGAUUCAAAUUAGUAAAAAUGACUGACGUAGGGGUGGAAGUGGGCCAGAAAAUGAGGCUUGCUAUAAAGGCUAAGCUUUCUGAAUUGAAUUGCUAUGUGGAUGAUGAGCUACCUGAUUAUAUUAUGGUUAUGAUUGCCAACAAGAGGACCAAGUCUCAGAUGAAAGAAGAUUUAAGUUUAUUCCUAUCCACUGAGACCUCCUUCUUUGUCGAGUGGUUACACAUUGUUCUCAAGAAGCUGAAGCAGGUUCAUGUUACAAACCCUAAUGUGUUCCAGAAUCCCAUUAAACGCAAGUGCAAUGAGCUGAUCCCACAGGUAGACCAUAAGAAAGUCAAGAAUGAGAAUAGCAAAAUAAAGAUGGAGAAUCUUCCAGCAAGUUGCAAAUCUUUAACAGAUGAUUUGCCAAUUACUGCAAAUAGAUUAACUGAGGAGGCAAGCAGGAGGAAAAUUAUAUUGUUUGAAGAACCACAUCAAUCUUCAAGCAUUGAAACAUUUUCACAUGAAGAUGACUUUGAUAUUCCACUCCUAUCUGAAAUAAAUGCUUUCAAUGAAGAUGAACUGGAACUUCUAGAGAAGAAAAUAAAGAGUGUUAAGAGUAGGUUGGGAUUACAAGUUGAGAGUGAUAAAGAGGAGGAGGAGAAGAGUAAUAAUGAGACCAAUGAUGGAAAUGAUUGUUUCACUAUUAAAGCAGAACCAGAUGUUAUGAAGUUUUCUGGACAAUUUCGGAACUCUUCGGCCCCCAAGCGUAUUAUAAGUCCACAAACGACGAUUAAACGUACUGAAAGUUUGAAGCAAAUAGAACUGAAGCCUUCGAUACACGCGCGUAUAAUAUUCGACAAUGAGAAUAACUCUUUCAGGGAUAAGGUCGAUUCGAUAAUGAAGCGCAAUGCGAACUGUCAGAAUCGUCAUGAAGGUAAUGGAAAAAUAGUAGACACAUUCGAAAACAAGAAGAGGUCAAUUCUUGACCGUCUCGGCAAACGUACUGAUAAGAUCCAAGGCAAAGUUAAUCGUUUAAGAACUAUUCCAUCCAAAGUUGUAAAACCAGAGAAAUGGCGAAAUUCUGACAAGAAAUAUCCAGCGUCUAUUUUAAAUACCGUUGGUGUCCUGUCGAAAGUAUCAAUUCCACAAAGAAAAAUGAUUGCAAGUCAAUGCCCAGAAGAGCGAAUCUCCCAGGAAGACGAGGAAGGGCUCAAUUCAAAGAAUGUAGCUAGUGUUGUUAAGAUCAAACCACGUGUUCUACCUGAAAAGACUAAACAAGCAAAUCCGAAUUUAUUGUUCAAAGCUGUUGCUGAUGCCCAAAGGAGUGUAUGUCAAACACCGGAGGUUGGAAAGUCAAGGCAUCAGGUGAAAGAAAAGCAAAACCUGAAAUCAGCUCCUGCUUUGUUUACCAAGAAAUAUAAAGAUCAAAUGGCUGCCGCGCUAAGGAGUGAACCUAAAACAAUCAUUUUUAAUAAAAACAGGAAAGCAAAGAUAUUGGAUGGCGAAAAGUUAAAGUUGCGGUUUUUGCUUUCCCAGAAACAACAUGAGUUACAUUUCAACACGGAUCCAGACACGGAUUUCACUGAUGAUAUCGAUAUGAACAUCGAAAGGUCAUUGGGAACACCAGACUUACAAAGAAUCAACAAAGAGAUUUAUUUCAAAAGUCAGAUAUCAAUUGAACAGAAAAACUAUGAAUCGACGCUAGAAGACGCUUCAAAGAAUAAUGAUAAAAGCGAUUUAAGCAAUGAUAGUCGAAAUGGAACAGCAAAAUCGAAUCACACCUUUAUUGUGACUUUAGAUGGUAUUGAUCAAUUGCAAUUCCCUCACAAUGAUAAGCUGAAUGUUUCUACACCGACGAAACAGGGUGCAAUAAUUAAAACACGGCGAUUACUGUCGCCGAUCAUUUUUGACGCGCAACAACCGGCUACAUCGACUACAACCAAAACAGUCAUUAAUAAAGCUGACGAUAUUGCUUUUACACAAGGGAAAAAAUCCAUGGAGAAGUGUAAAUAUUUUCCGAAUUGUCGCAAUGGGGACCGUUGUGAGUUUAUGCAUCCAGGCAUGUGUAAAAUGUUUCCAAACUGCAAGUUUGCUGAAAUGUGUGUUUAUUCUCAUCCUACCUGCAAGUUUGAGAUGUCCUGUACAAGGAAGAAUUGCCCGUACAAUCAUAUUACUUCUAAUAAAAUUGGUGUUGCGGUAAAUAGCCAAUCUCAUUGCAAAUACUUCCCGAAUUGUUCAAACGGGCAAUGUCCGUACAGCCAUCAGAAAUAUGGGACCCUGUGCAAGUACGGCAUUCAUUGCAAGAAUGCAGUUUGUGCAUUCCAGCACCCAAAGGACUAUCCAGGCCGAAGUGGCAAAUUGACAUGGCACCUAGCGAAAUAAUAUAUGAAUGAAAUAUUUUGCAUUAUAGUAAUUAUUAUUUAUUAUUGUCGCUUGAAAACAUGGCCUCAAUCUGUAAAUGUAUUUACAUUUGAAGAUUAAACAGCGAUGGCAAAUACCAUUGUUUAACUGCUUUAUUUUUAUGUAUAUAUAUAUGCUUUUUGCUUUUUAUGUGCUUUUUGUUUAAAUUAAUUGUUAAAGUUGUUUGUAGUUGAAGGAAUUCAAACUGGUUGUCAUUUUGAAUCUGGUAACUAGGUUGAGGGCGCCACUGCACAGCACCACAGCACCAUCUUUCGUUUUGACGUUUGACAUUUCUCUUUCACUUGUACAGCCUCAUUGAGCCACGUUGUGCAUCUGUGAUCAUUUUACUAAAAUCUUUAAACAUCGGCCGAAAUAUCACAGAAAUUCACUUAAAUAUAAUUUUGUCAGAUACGCUAAUAGCAAAGUUUCAUUUUCCUGUUAAUAUUUCGUCGAUGGCGUGCGUGAAACUUAUUCAGAACGUGAAAGUAACCGCUGUGUUUUCACUUGUUGCUCCACGCGUUGCAUCACUUUACUAUACAAUUUACAAAUUCCGUUUUUAAUACUUUAUUAUUUGUUUAGAAUAUGCCUCCAGAAAAGAAACGAAAUGAGUUCGUUUUCGUUGUCGACUUGGCGAAGGGGAUGCGGCAUUGGUGAAGCUUUUCCCGGAACAUUCCUGCAGAUGUGUGUCUCUUUGCGACAUCCUUCGCCAGCCACGUUUGAUCUAUAAUCUGUUUGUCCCAACAUCUUCAAAGAUUGAUCAGCAGAAAGUUCGGUUCCUCAGGAUCCUUAACAACAAAACUUAAAAUAAAACGACAACAACAAAUAAUAAAAGCAGAACUCAGAAAACUAAAUAUCAAAAAAGACGCCAACAAAUAAUACACAACACAUAAAUAAAACCAUCAACUGAAUAAAAUAAAAACUAACUAAAAAUAAUGCAAUAAUAACAUUAACAGACAAAACCAACAACUUGGCAAUAAUAAAACAAGACGAAUACAUACACAAAAUAGAAACAUUCUAAAGCAAAUCAAUUGCAUCCUGUUAAACGAAGACCCAACCAACAAAUAUAAUAAAAUAAUAAAAGUUAUUAUAAAUAACAA